UUUCAAGUAGGUAGAUAUAAGUACCAUUGAUUAAAGUUUUGAUUAGAAUGUUAUUAACUCAAAAAUUAUAUACACGUCGAAUAUUUUAAAGGCUUAUAGUAUUUGUCAAGAGGAGUAAAAAAAUGUCUUAUUAACGUGGGUCAUAAAAUCAACCAAUUAUCAUCCUUCUAACGGAGUGCAAGGUUUAUCGGAGAUAUGAAAGAAGUGGAAAGCAUUAUAUUUAGUACGAUCUGCCUAAUGACCGUAACGAACGCUUUAGCGAAGACUGAAAUAAGGCCAAACAAUAACUUAACUUCGACCGAGAUGCAAUGUUUGGAUCUACAUUCGGGUAUUAAACUUUAUGUCAAGGGUAAACAUAUGUGGAUCAACGUAAGAAUACUAGAAUUAUUUGGAGAAAAUGCUAUACAAGGAAGAGAUUAUUAUUCUGAGCAGACAAAAACAAAAAAAUCGAUAAAGAAAAUCGGUUUUAUGAUGAUGAUGGCUCCAUUCGCUAUGCAGUUGAUUUCCUUGCCGGGUUCUAUUGCAUCUAUCAAAAUGUCUUUGUUAAGAAGCAUUUUUGUUGCCAAAUUAGCGAUAUUAAUGAUGAUAUACAACAUGAUUGUAAACAUGAAGUCAGAAGUAAUUGUAGUUCAACAGCCUCAACAUCAUGAACAUUAUUACAACCAAUAUCAACAGUAUGAAGAAGAUCAUGACGGCUGGUUCGGUAGAUGAAACAUCGGGAAAGUGUUUGAGAUUUCUCGAUGAUUAGUACAAAG